GGUAAACAGUCGCUGUACCCUUAUUAUACGGUAAUGGGGUAAACGUGUUGUCAGGUGCUUAUUCGUCUCCUCGUUUUUGAAGAUAAUCCGAAAACGAAAGCGGUGACGAAGCAAAUUUGGAAAGCGCCGUGAAAAAAGCUGAAGAAUGUCGUGGCCAGUUCUGAUUGCUCGUAGGAAUUCGUCUGGUGUACCCGGGGCUUGGAGAUGCACAGGUCGAAACAACGAGGAAAUGGUCGACAAGCUUGUUCACAUGGGAGUUAUAACGGUCAAAGAAGUCGAGGACGCUUUUCGUGCGGUUCCUCGAGGGGCUUUCGUUUCCCCUGACCUACAACUGGAAGCCUACAUCGAUGCGCCAUUGCUUGGAGAUCCGCAUCUUCAUAUGUCGGCCCCUCAUAUGUACGCUACUGUCCUGGAGGCCUUAGAUCUGUCGCCAGGUUUGUCAUUCCUCAACAUUGGUAGUGGAACUGGCUACUUUUCCUGUUUGGCUGGUUGUAUUUUGCAAGCUCAGGGUAUCAAUCAUGGCAUUGAACUACAUGAAGAUCUUGUGCACUUUGCUAAGGAAAGGGUCGAGGAAUUCCUAAGGUUCUCUCCUUCGGUGGCUUACGACAUGUGUCCACCCAAGUUUAUAGCUGGAAAUUGUUUUCGAUUGGACCCAACAGGAUGUAGCUAUGACAGGGUUUACUGUGGAGCUGCCUGUCCAGCAAGUAAAGCUCCUUUCAUUUUAAGUUUAACCAAAAUUGGAGGAUUUGCCAUCAUUCCUUGUAGAGACAGGCUGCUGAAAAUUGAACGAGUGUCUGAUUCAGGAGUGAAACAGACUUGUAUCAGUGAGGUGUCUUUUGCAUCACUAGUGGCAAUGCCUGAAAGUGAUUCAAGUCUUCCCAAGCUUUCAUUUCCAAAGGAAAAUCCAAGAAAGAAAGAAAAGUCUCUACGAGUUUACCCUCCAUCCAGUAUACUGGUUAGCCGUGGACAGGCCAGAUCACUGUUAGCAAGACUGCGAGCACUCCAAGAAGCUAGUGAAUGUUUGCAUAUGUCUUUGCGUCUACCUGUCGCAUUCUGUUAUGUCCCAUGUCAACAACAGAUCCAGCAGUACCUCAGUAAGAAUUCAAAAACAAAGAAAGAAUCAAGAACCAUUGUGACUUCACCUGUGGACAGAAAGAUCUCUUUCUUUGGCCUGCAAGGUACAUGCGGAGAAAUGAGUUCUUCUUGCACAGAUCAGACAGGCUCAGAGAGUCUUUGGAGCCAUCUACAGCAAGACAAGCUAUGGCAAACUGUGCUGGAGUAUUACUACAGCCUCUGUAAUGUCUCCAUUGAGAAGAGAAGUCAAGCAUUGAAUGUCUACAUCAAGAGACGAGUCAAGCAGAAAAGUGAAAGAAGAGAAAGUAAGAAAAGCUUGUCUUAUGCUGAGAUUGCUCAUAAGCUUGGCAUACUCGCUGUGAACAUGGCACCUCCUCCGAUCUCAAAACAAAAAUUGGAGGACACAGUGGAAAACAGAACUGAGUUAGAAGGAAUAUCAUGUACAGCAACUACUUCUUCUCCAAGUGGCUUCUGUGGUGCACUUCGUGUAGAUGGCAGUAUCACUGAACAGCACGGCACUAAUGGCUGUUCAGCCAAAUUGCCAUGCAGCACUCUUGCUAAUGAUUCAAUUGUUGCAAGUGAUAGCAAUUCUCAGCAAACAAGGUUAUGCGACACUACAAAACAUCCAAGUACAUUAAGUGACAGUCAACCACCCAACAAAUUGUCUUGGAAGUCUUCUUCAGAUAAAGAUUCUUCUUGUCAACUAAGCUUACAUAAUGAAUGUAGAACUUCAAGCACAUCUUCUGGAUCACACAGCCCACGAUAUACUAAUGUACUUAUUGACUUAGAGAAAGUGCACAUGGAAAGGUUAUCCAGUGUACCUUCAAAUGGCUGGGACAUAAACAAUGAUCUUGUUCUUGUGCGCUUUUUAUGCGAAGUUCAUGAAAAGUCUAAUCCAGGACGAUGUAAGGGCUGGUUCAAGGCUGAAAGUGUCAUACCUGAGCUGUUUUCCAAGGCUGGUAUCAUGAGCCAUCCAUGUCUUGCUGGCCUCUCUUCAGAGCAGUUAGCUUACCGGGCUAUUGCUCUGUGUAGAAUUGCUCAGAUUCUUGACUCAGUGCUUUAUCUCGUGAGCGGCCCCUCUAUGUUGAGAGACCAGACCUUUUGUCCAAAUAAAUUCCUGCUUGAUUCCUUUUCGGAGUCCUCCUUCAUGUCAUCAUGGCUAUUCUCCGAGUCCAGAGGAAGCCCAACUCCAGUUUUAAAGAGAAAAGAAGGUUUGUCAAAGCGUGACGUGGAGGGGAAAGCUGAUGAUUCACCCAAAGAGGAGACUAAUCACCAACAGGAGGUGAUUGUCAAAAAGACAACAGCCUCACGAGUAUCCCCUGAAAGGUACAAGGAGCAACUCAGGAAGGUGAAGAACAAGAUACAUUUUAUAGAAGAACAAAAGCAACUAGUUCACAGCAUUCGAGAGCAGGAGAUACCUCCACAGGAACUAACUCUUGACAUAGACAUUGUUGAUGCCAAGCUGCAGCGGAAUGAACUGAUGCUUAAACAACAGAAACAAGAACAUUACAAGAACAACCUGCAAGCACUGUUGAAGAAACUCAAGGAAGAAGAGAAGCUGCUAGCCAAGAAGGCGGAGUCUUCACUAGAGGCCUCAAGGCAGGAGACAAUUGAAGUUCAACAGUCCAGUUCCUCGGCGCAGCCGGCUACUAAAAUUACAGACCAGUCAGCUGGGUCAUCUCGAAAAUGGAGUGUCAGCUCUUCUAGUAAGCAGGAAAAUGACAGCAGUAACUCUGUGCGUUACGACUUAUCAUCGCUACUGCCAAAAAUGCGUUUUCUGUUGCCGCUCUGCAAUCAGCGGUGGCGCUUGGUUCAAGAGCUGUUGCAGACCACUGAACUGUCAGCUCCUGAUUACAUGCCGGUUAUAACGGUGGAUAGGCGAGUACCGCUGAUCGAGCGCCAUGCUGACUCGCGGAACAGUGUUUUCUUACAAGUUUACCAUGAGCUGAGAGGGGAGAAGCUUCAUUUUCGCUGGAACAAGAGGAAGUAUGACCAAUGGUGGGAAGUGAAGUUUGUAGGUGAAGGCAUUAUUGAUCAGGGUGGAGGUUUUCGUGACUCUUUGGCUGAACUUGCUGACGAGCUGUGCCCUCCUGAAGAACGCAUACCAGAGAUCCUGCCAUAUCUGAUCAGAACUCCUAAUCACAAGGAGAAGACUGGUGAUUUUCUGGACUGUUUCAUUCCCAAUCCCUCUUGUGACGCUUUGCACAUGUUCCACUGGCUAGGGGUCCUCAUGGGAGGAGCAUAUCGCAGUGAUGAGAGCCUCACUGUGGCCUUCCCUCCUUUUGUUUGGAAGCUCAUUGUUGGAGAGCAUGUCACGUGGGCCAAGGACUACAUCGCCAUUGAUGAAGCAGCUGUUAACAUAACAGGUGAGAGUAACACGUAAUCUCUGCAGACAUGUUGACACUGUUGCCCGUUGCGAGGAAUAAUUUGUCCUGCAACUUGCGCGCUACACGCGCGAUUUUUUUCAUGGAACUUCGUCGCGCGUGGGUGCUGUCGCUGCUCGAGGUGGGCAGUUGAGGGAAC